AUGGCCAACAUAUGGGAGAAGCUAAAAAGUGAACAACGGAAGGAGCUGUGCAGUGUCCACAAGGAGAAGGUGAAGCUAUUUUGUAAAACUGACAAUCAGCCCAUGUGUGUUGUUUGUCAAAGUUCAAAAAGCCACCAAAGCCAUGAGCUGCUGCCUCUGGAAGAAGCGACUGAAGAAUUUAAGGGAGUCACUGAGCUGCAGCAGUACAGGAACAUUGGAACUGGGAGCGGUUUGAAUCAGGAAGUGCUGAGUGUGAACAUGGAUUCCAGGCAGCAAGGAGAGAGCUGGAUGGAGGAUUUAAACUGCUCUAUUUGUCUGGAUUUCUUCACAGUUCCGGUUACACUGGAUUGUGGACAUAAUUUCUGUCGCUCCUGUAUCACCCAGAGUUGGGAAAAACGAGAGAUGAACUCCUGCCCGGAAUGUAGACAGGGGUUUCCGGAAGGAAACUUUAGGGUGAACCGUGUUUUAGCGAAUCUGGCUGAGAAAGCUCGAAAAUUACAUCAGAAUCCACAAGAGAAGGAACGUGAACGUUACUGUGAGGAACAUCAGGAAGAACUGAAGCUGUUUUGUGAAACUGACAAGAAAUUGAUCUGUGUGAUUUGUAGAGAUUCCCGGGAACACAAGUCUCACAGCUUCCUGCCAAUGAAAGAAGCUGUUGGAAUCUACAAGGAGGAACUACGAGCCUUCCUAAAACCAAUCGAGGACAAGAGAGAGGAAUGCAACACAGUUAUGAGAGAUUAUGGAAAAAUAUUAAUACACAUUCAGGACCAAGGUGUAAAAACAGAGAAACAGAUUAAAGCUGAAUUUGGAAAACUUCAUCAGUUUCUCGGUGAGGAAGAGAAGAUCUUGUUGGAAGAUUUGAAAAUGGAGAAAGAGAACAAGAGUCAGGAGAUGAAGGAGAGGAUUGAAAAGAUAACAGAGGAAAUCACAUCCCUUUCAGUCACUGUUCAGGAUAUUGAACAAGGGCUGAGGGAACAGGACAGCAUCACAUUUUUAACAAAAUUUCCGGAUACACAGAAAAGAGUGAAGCAAACUCUCCCAGAGCCACAGAAGGUUUACCCUUUAAUAAAUGUGGGCAAGUACAUCGGCUCCCUGCAAUACAGAGUGUGGAAAAAGAUGCUGACAGUGAUUAAUACAGCUCCAGUCACCUUGGACCCUAACACAGCCAAUCCUUACCUUCUCCUGUCUGAGGACUUGAGCACUGUGCAAAACACUGACAAAUGGCAGCAGCUUCCUGACAAUCCGGAGAGAUUUGAUCCUUGUGUCAGUGUCCUGGGAUCAGAGGGCUUCACAUCAGGGAAACAUUCUUGGGAGAUAGAAGUAGGAAAUAAAACUGAGUGGACUUUGGGAGUGGCCACAGAGUCCAUAAACAGGAAGGGUGACAUCGUCCUGACUCCAGGUGACGGAUACUGGACAGUGGUGCUGAGAGAUGGAGAUGAAUACAUGGCUUGUGAGAAAUCAAGGAAACAUUUAGAGUUGACUGUGAAGCCGAGGAAGAUCCGAGUCUGUUUGGAUUAUGAGGGAGGGAAGGUGUCCUUUUAUAACUCUGAGCAUAAGACCCAUAUCUACACUUUCACUGGGACAUUCACUGAGAAACUCUAUCCUUACUUCAGUCCAUUUCUAACUGAUGGAGGUAAAAACACAGAGCCUCUGAAAAUCUGUCCCUGGAGAGUAACAAUCCAGGAGGAUAAAGAUUUGAUCCCUUCAUCCAGAUAAAGCUUUUUACUUACAUUUUGUGGGAAGAAAGAAGAUAAAAAUUGCCCGUGCCAUACAAUCAAAAAGCAUCUCUUCACCCUCUUCCACCCCCCUCCCCCCACCCCCCCACCUCGUGAUGCUGCCUUGCUUGCUGUGUUCUUUCAGCC